GACAGUAGUAAGUUGUCAUCUGACAUAAUAAUUUGCUUAUACAGAUCGAAAGCUAAAAGGAACGAAAGAAAAAAAAUGAAUUGCUCAUCGUCACAACAAAUUUGAAAAUGUGUUUGUGCAUCAAUCAGCAUAGAAUUUAGUUGCUUUUCUGUUUAAAGAAAAUGGAUGCAUUCAAUCCAAUUAAAUAUGUUUACAAUCAAGAUAGCGAUAACACAGACGGAAAAUGGUUUUUAUUCGGUGAUGUUCUAAAGGACAAUUUUAUAUGGUCCGUAAGUGUGCUUACAAUAAUAACAAUAACAAUCUAUGGAUGGUACUACUGGCGACAAUGGGUGAUAAGGGGUUACGAACGUGCCUCCUUACUAUCUCAACAUGCGCAGGCCGAAGCGAAUCGUCUUCGAUUCCGAAAGCGUGACAAGAUGCUGUUCUACGGUCGAAGAAUAAUGCGUAAGGUGAAAACUACCGGCCAAGCGGUAUACGGUGGUCAAGGGCGAAAGCGUCGUGCCGUUAUGCGUUUUGCAAAGCGAAUUCUUCAGCUUAAACGUGAAAGCAUACCGAUGCAAAUAAAAACCGUGGAACCACCGGCAGAAUAUUUGGAAGAAAUGGCCGAGGGCAGUGAUCGCGUUCCACCAGAUGCAUUGUAUAUGUUGCAGGGAAUCCGCAUUUUCGGUCACUUUGAGAAGCCGAUUUUUUUGAAGCUUUGUCGUCACACAGAGAUCAUCAAUUUGGAUACGAACGAUUUACUGUUCAAGAUCGGCGACAUCGAUGACAGUGUGUUUAUCGUGCAGUCCGGAUUGUUGAAUGUUCUAAUUAAUAAUGCCGAUGGUAGCACGUUAUCGUUGAAGCUAGUCAAGAAAGGUGAAUCGGUGACAUCCUUGCUGAGCUUCAUUGACGUUCUGAACGGAAAUGCGAGUGUAUACAAGUCGGUUACAGCCAAGGCUGUCGAACGAUCGACCGUGAUACGACUUCCAAUGGAUGCCUUCAAAGAAAUUUUCGAGGAGAGCCCGGACAUUCUGAUUCGUGUCAUGCAGGUCAUAAUGAUUCGCCUGCAACGCGUCACCUUUACAGCCUUACGAAAUUACUUAGGACUGAGCUCGGAAUUGGUGCAAAACAGACCGAAACGGGGAAGCCUUAUCUUGAACAAGUCUCCGAUUAACAAGAAACAACUGCAGGAUCUGAACCCCGUUCAUUCGUUAUCAACGGAAGUACUGUCGAGCCGACCCGAUAUGUUGGCUGAUUUGUCAGACUCAAACGUUCCGUAUAUGGGUCAUUCGCGCAAGCCGUCUGGUACGCUAGAUCAAACGGACGAGCCAACGUUGUAUUCCAUUGCGGUUGACGGUUUCAUGAAGGAGUUGGGAUUGGAGGAAUCGGAAAAGAAGUUGCUCGAAGGUCAUGUUGAAUUAAAGGAAGCACAUCCUGGCGUAACGAUAUUGACGGAAGGCAAAACCGAGGAUGUUUGUCUGGUGUACAUCUUGAGUGGAAGUCUAACAUUGGUCCAGCAAGGAUCAUCCAUUCCGGGUAGCAAAAGUAAAGCAGACUCGGAAGUCCAUUCGCACAACGCUUAUCCGGGCGAAAUGAUCGGAGGGCUGGCCGUUUUGACUGGAGAAUCUAGUUUGUAUACAGUGCGGGCUAAGCAUUACUCUCGCAUUGCACUUUUGAAGCGCAACACUGUUUACAGCAUCAUGCGCGUCAAACCAACUGUUGUACUCGAUGUAGCCAAUACGGUCGUGCGUCGUUUGUCACCAUUGGUGCGACAAUGUGAUUACGCCUUGGAUUGGAUUUUCUUGGAAUCUGGUCGUGCCGUUUACAGACAGGAUGAAAUCGGUGACAGUACGUACAUUGUGUUGAGCGGACGCUUGCGAUCCGUUGUGACGCAGGCCAAUGGAAAAAAGGAAAUUGUCGGCGAGUAUGGCAAAGGGGAUAUGGUCGGAAUUGUGGAAAUGAUAACCGAAACGUCGCGGACUACAACAGCUUUGGCUGUACGUGAUUCCGAGUUGGCCAAACUUCCCGAAGGUCUCUUCAAUGCGAUCAAGAUAAAGUAUCCGGUUGUGGUCACGAAGCUGAUCCGACUGCUUAGCCAUAGAAUACUAGCUGCAGGAUCGAUGCCAUCAAAACCGGGUGCAACGCCACUAGAAGCGAAUCCAGUAACGCAUAAAUAUUCGACAGUUGCGUUGGUCCCUGUCAGCGAGGACGUACCAUUAACUGCCUUCACCUAUGAGUUAUAUCACUCGUUGUGCGCUGUUGGACCUUCAUUACGACUCACAUCGGAUGUUGUGCGAAAAUCUCUUGGCGUGAGCAUACUGGAGCCGAAUUACGAGUAUCGAUUGACGAGUUGGCUGGCUCAACAAGAAGAUCGGAACAUAAUAACUUUGUAUCAAUGUGACUAUAACCUGAGUGCAUGGACACAACGAUGCAUGCGACAAGCCGACGUUAUCAUCAUUGUUGGGCUGGGAGAUCGGGCACCAACAGUCGGGAAAUUCGAAAAAGAAAUCGACAAAAUGGCAAUGCGUACGCAAAAGGAACUGGUACUGUUGCAUCGCGAAUCGGCGAAUAAACCACCGGUGAAUACGUUGCAAUGGCUGAAUUUGCGACCGUGGGUGACAAAUCACCAUCACAUUCAAUGUGCGAAGCGAAUGUUUACCAGAAAGAGUCAAUAUCGAAUAAAUGACCUCUACAGCAAAGUCUUGAUGUCGGAGCCGAAUAUGCAUUCAGAUUUCUCGCGUUUGGCUCGAUGGCUGACGGGGAAUUCCGUUGGUUUAGUUUUAGGUGGCGGUGGUGCCAGAGGAGCCGCUCAUGUUGGAAUGUUGAAAGCAAUUCAGGAAGCUGGAAUUCCUAUUGAUAUGGUCGGUGGCGUUAGCAUUGGUGCAUUUAUGGGUGCACUGUGGUGUGUCGAUCGUAACAUUGCUACCGUUACCCAAAAGGCUCGUGAAUGGUCAAAGAAAAUGACCCAAUGGCAUCGUCAAAUCUUAGACUUAACGUAUCCAAUCACGUCCAUGUUCUCUGGUCGGGGUUUCAACGAAACAAUACGCGACACAUUCGGUGAUAUUUACAUAGAAGACUUAUGGACUCCGUACUUUACACUGACCACGGAUAUAACAGCAAGUACAUGCCGAGUGCAUACAAAUGGAUCGUUAUGGCGCUUUGUAAGGGCAUCAAUGUCCUUGAGCGGUUAUAUGCCACCCCUUUGUGAUCCCAAAGAUGGUCAUCUACUGCUCGAUGGCGGAUAUGUAAACAAUUUGCCAGGAUCGUUAUGGCGCUUUGUUAGGGCUUCAAUGUCUGUAGCUGGUGUUUUCCCACCGAUUUGUGAUUACAGAGAUGGGCAUCUUCUCGUAGAUGGUUGUUACGUAAACAACGUGCCAGCUGACGUAAUGUACAACCUUGGAGCGGCGCAUAUAAUAGCCGUCGAUGUGGGUUCCCAAGACGAUACCGAUCUCACCGAUUAUGGCGAUGACUUAUCGGGAUGGUGGCUGCUGUAUAAGAAAUGGAACCCAUUCACCACACCUGUUAAAGUACCUAACCUUCCGGAUAUACAGUCUCGCUUGGCUUAUGUGUCUUGCGUGCGACAAUUAGAGGAAGUAAAAAAUAGUUCUUAUUGCGAGUACAUCCGACCACCGAUAGAUAAAUACAAAACGUUAGCUUUUGGAAGUUUUGAUGAAAUUAAAGAAGUUGGAUACGUUCAUGGCCGUAAUUGCUUCGAUAUGAUGGCAAAAUCGGGUCGGUUGGGACGUUUCAAUCAAUGGUUCAGUAAAGAGUUACCAAAAAAGCAUUCACAUUCACUGAAUGAAUACACGUUCAUUGAUUUAGCACAAAUAGUUUGUAAGUUACCUGAGACUAGACAUGAAAAGAUCGAUCCAUCUUCGUCAUCAGACGAAGAAUACGAUGGAUACAUUUCGGAACCAACUACGCUGAAUCGUAAUUUAUCGAUGCGUGUAUUGAACCGAGGAACUGGAUCGUUGUCGCUAUCUGAAAACGAAAUGGACUCCGACGAAUUUGAAUAUCCGUCACGGCUAUCGUUACAACGGUCGGAAAUGACAUCGUCAACAUCAUCGUUACCAAAUGAUACAAAAUUGUCUUUAUCACCUGACCACAAUGGAAUGUAGUAGACACCGUCUCCUUUUAAGCUGAAAAUCAUUUUUUUUGUUUUUGUUCAGCGAGGCUAAUUUUAAAAUUGGAUUGAGUUAUUGUACAAGAAAGAGAGGAAAGAGAAAUUGAGUCAAUAAAUCGUUAUACGUAAGCGAAUAAAA